CGGGCGAUGCCCGGCGGCGGGGGCGAGCGGUGACCGGGGCCGGGGGCGAUGCGCCCGCCCUGGCCAUGGAGGAGCGCUGGCACCGCGGGCUGCUGGCGCUGCUGAUGUUGCUGCUCUUCGGCGGGCUGGUGCUGCAGUACGUGUGCCCCGGCAGCGAGUGCCAGCUGCGGCAGCGCCUGGCCGGCCGCGCCGCCUCGUCGUCGCCCGCGGCGGCGGCGUUGUUCUCGCGCCAGGCCGGCGCUGGCGGCGAUCCGUACCGGGCGGAGGACGAGAGCCCGGCGCGCUUCGUGCCGCGCCUCAACUUCUCGGCCGCCGAGCUGCUGCGCCGCGUGGACUUCCACAUCGCCGGCGACGACCUGAUCGUCUUCCUGCACAUCCAGAAGACGGGCGGCACCACCUUCGGCCGCCACCUGGUGCGCAACAUCCAGCUGGAGCAGCCGUGCGAGUGCAAGGCGGGCCAGAAGAAGUGCACCUGCCUGCGGCCGGGCAAGCGGGAGACGUGGCUCUUCUCGCGCUUCUCCACCGGCUGGAGCUGCGGGCUGCACGCCGACUGGACCGAGCUCACCAACUGCGUGCCGGCCGUCGUGGACAGCAAGAAGGACGCCAAGCUCCGACCCACCAGGAAUUUCUACUAUAUCACAAUCCUGCGAGACCCGGUAUCCCGAUACUUGAGCGAAUGGAGGCACGUCCAAAGAGGAGCAACCUGGAAGGCUUCGUUGCAUGUCUGCGAUGGGAGAUCACCCACAUCUGAAGAGUUGCCCAGCUGUUACUCGGGGGACGACUGGUCAGGCUGUUCGCUACAGGAGUUCAUGGAUUGUCCGUACAACUUGGCCAACAACCGCCAGGUCCGCAUGUUGGCCGACCUCAGCCUGGUGGGAUGUUAUAAUCUGUCCGUCAUGCCAGAGGAGCAACGGAACAAGGUUCUGUUGGACAGCGCCAAGGAGAACCUGAAACGGAUGGCCUUUUUUGGCCUGACGGAGUUUCAAAGGAAGACUCAGUAUCUCUUUGAGAAGACCUUCAACAUGAACUUCAUCUCGCCGUUCACGCAGUACAAUAGCACAAGGGCCUCCAGCGUAGACAUCGAUGAAGAGACUCAGAAACGCAUUGAGGUCCUCAAUUUUUUAGACAUGGAGCUGUAUGAUUAUGCAAAAGAUCUUUUCCUGCAAAGGUACCAGUACAUGAGACAGAAGGAGCACCAGGAAGCCAGGAGAAAGCGUCAGGAGCAACGGAAAAUCUGGAGGGCAAAGCAGGUUCACAGCAAAGAACAGAGCACCACAAAUUCAACUACUGAUUACAUAGGGAACGUGGAACAGUGGCGAUAAUAGGGGCUAGCUGGUUUUUAGCUGGGUCCUGAUUCAAAAGGUGGAAAGAGAACUGCAAAAUGUAGAAGAUGAAAUAGCCAAGAUAGGCCUGCUUCUUCGAGGGCUGAGGAACGCAUUAAAUGUGGCCUUCGCCAAUGCUUUUGCAUUAAAUGUCGUACCAUAUGUGGGUUAACUUUUGAAUCUCUCAGUGUCUCAGAUCUAUCCCUUUCCAAAAAAAUUUAAUAAUAAUAAUAAUAAUAAUAACGUUGGCCUGUUGAGAAAAUGGAGCCAGUAAUUGCUAUCAGAGAUGCUUGCUCAGGCAGAAUAUCAAACAUUGAAAUGGUAAAUUGCUACGCUCUUACAAUGGGGAAUGGAGGGAGGGAACAUUUUUGAGGUGGGGUAAGUGUGUUUAUCAGGGCAGCACCUGGGUUGUGGGUUGUGUGUGGCCCAUCAACCCAUUUUUGUAACCUUCUGAGGAAAUCCCCAGAGCUUUUAGAUUUGGUCCAGCCCCUAGAGAUAAGAAAAAGAAGAGCGCAUCAACAGCCGAAACUUCCAGUAUUAAACUGAAAGCCAUGAGACACUCUAUGGGAGCAGAUAGGGGUGUGGGCUCUGUCCUUAUACCUCUAUAGUGAAAGCCCUACGAGUUUGGCGUUGCAGAUAAGCCCUUCAAUUUUCAUUCCAAGCAUUUCAAUAAGGAUUACAGCAGGACUGUACCAGCUUAAGGAAGCCUGUAGAGGCUGCACCAAGUAUGGCCAUAGAGAGUCCCAUUUAACACUGCCCACGUCAGUCAACACCCUGUGUUCCACAUUAUAUAAUCCCCAUCACAUCAUCUAAAACCUGUGGGGCCUGCCUCCAUUGAGUGCGGUUGUUUGGGACUGAUAAAACACUCAUUUCCUAGAGUUUGAAUAACGUUCAAGACCAGCCUCCAUAUGGGAAGCAUUAAUGCUGCACCUGCAAUCUCCAAAAUGGUUCCCAUGGCACCAAUGUGCCUACAGACACUGUCUUGGGGUCCACCAGGCCCAAGGCCCCUCCUGUUUUUUAUUUUAUUUCUUAAGAUCCUUUUAAAUAUUUUGGUUAUAAUUAGGAGGCUAGCGAAGU